GGCCGGGAGGGGGCGCGUGGUGGCAGCGAAACGCCGCGCAUAGUAACCUGCGUGGAAUUGUCAAACAUUGUCAUGGUUAAAAGGCCUGGAGAAGGGAGAGAGCAGUUGAUCGCUCAGGAUUCCGUCGUGGAACGUUCCCGGGAGGGAAGCAUUGUGACGUCAGCGCACCUACUAAUCCUGCCUGCUAAGGGGGAGCCUGGAGCCAUGAGGUCAUCGCAGCGGCCACUGUAGCUAUCCCGAGAGCAGGAGCAACACUAGCAGCCGCCGCAGCCGCCGCCGCUUCAACGGCGGUGGGGGGAGGGGAGCUGGCCCGAGCAAGGCCGACUGCGAGCCCGCAGCCGCCCUCCAGCUGCAACGGAGGCUGCCGCCGCCGAGUUUCUCAGCAAAAGCAUGGAGGCGGCAGCAGCAGAGGACGCGAAGGAGCCGCAGGUCGGCUCCUGGCUGCCCGUGCUGGUGGAGCAGAUGGUGAACGACACCCUGGUGGUCACCUUGAGCUGCGGGGAGAGGCGCUUCACGGGGAUCCUCCUGGAUUGCACUAAAAAGUCUGGAUUGUUUUGUAUUCCACCAGCUUCAUUACCAAAGACAGAUGACCUUUCUGGUAAAACUUGCACUAACGGGACAUCGGAAGACCGACAGCCUGUACAGCCAGAGACUGAACGGUGGUCUUCAGAAGAAAAAACCUCAAAGGCCAAUGGCGAUGAACAAGUCCCUCCCCUGUUGCCCCCACCAUCGUCGGGCAAUGUUCUUCCUUAUCCUCCCUAUUUUGAGGGAGCCCCUUUCCCCCCUCCGUUAUGGUUAAGGCGUACAUAUAAUCAAUGGGUACCUCAGCCACCGCCAAGAACUAUAAAAAGGACAAAGAGGCGCUUGUCCCGAAAUAGAGAUCCCGGUAGGCUCAUCAUGAGCACCAUUAGGCUGAGACCCAGGCGAGUGCUUUGUGAAAAGUGUAAAAAUACUCUGAAUCCGGAGGAGGGUAACAAAGCCAGGCAAAACGCAAAAACCAGGAGGCGGUUAAGCCUUCAGGAUAAGGAGCAAAAAAGACACAGCGAAUCUGACUACAUAGAGAAAAGGAGCAAAAGAGAAAAGCGGGAGGAAGAGAAGUUUUCUGGGGAGCUGUUGCAUCGGACUCCAGUCAUAAAAAUAUCUUACAGCACCCCACAAGGCAAAGGAGAAGUGGUGAAGAUUCCCUCCCGUGUUCAUGGCUCUGGGAAGCCAUUUUGUCCUCAGCGACUGCUACAGAAUGGAGGGGACCAAGAGGAGACCAGAGACUCAGAACAGUAUCGGGAAACCAAAUGUUUUAUGGACAAGUCAUCGAGUGGCCACCUCGCUUCUAUUCCAAAGUUAAAGUUAACCAGGCCUGUGCAUUCCAGCGCAGACGUGCCCCCUCCCAAAAUCAGGCUGAAGCCCCAUCGGAUUAACGAGGGGGAUAACGUUUCAAUUUAUAAAGCAGAACUUAUUGACGAGAUGAAUGUCCUUCCUGCUAGUGGGGAGUCUCGUGCUGCUGCUGCUUUUUAUGCUGAUGAGUCUGCAGACAGAAGUUUAGCCGAGAUGUCUUCAGGCAGCUCCUGUGAAGAUGAUGACUUCAAAAGGUUUCCUCAAGGUAAAGACGGACAUGAUAACUUGGCUUUUCUUAUGAAUUAUCGUAAGAGGAAAGCGGAUUCUUCUAGCUUAUCAGUGUGUAGCAAUGACAGCCUAGAUGAAUCCAAAUCUUCGAGCUCGGAAGUAACAUCACCAGAAAUGUGUGACUUUUUACCUGGUGAUGAUGUUUCUGUCUCUUCAUCCUCAAAAGAGGAGCGUAAGAUUGUGCCCCCGUUAACAGUUCGACUGCAUACGCAAAGUGUCUCCAAAUGCGUCACUGAAGAUGGACGAACUGUUUCAGUAGGGGACGUUGUUUGGGGCAAAAUCCAUGGCUUCCCCUGGUGGCCAGCCCGGGUGCUUGACAUAAAUCUUAGCCAGAAAGAAAACGGAGACCCUUCCUGGCAGGAAGCGAAAGUUUCAUGGUUUGGUUCUCCAACAACGUCUUUCUUGUCUCUGUCAAAACUCUCCCCUUUCUCUGAAUAUUUCAAACUGCGGUUUAAUCGUAAGAAGAAAGGGAUGUAUCGGAAAGCUAUUACAGAAGCUGCCAAGGCAGUGGAACAUCUGACCCCAGAAAUAAGAGACCUCUUAACACAAUUUGAAACAUAGUUUUGGCUUCAGUAACAGGUAACAGAAGAUAAGAGCACAGCUGUCCUAGAGUUUCACGAAGUCUGUAAACAUCCUGACACGCUUCCCUAGGAGAAUUGUACGGUUUCAAUGCACAUGGCAGCAGGAUUUAGUUUUCAGACUGGCCCUGCUCAUCAUCUGUGAAAGAUAACAGGCACCUGGCCUGCUUAGGAGGCCCUCCAGAGGCUAGUCUGACCAAAAGUCAUAAGGCUACUUAACACAAGAGAAGCAAAUGGGCGAGUAAUAUUUCAAUGGACUUGAGACAUAAGGAAAUACUACGUCUUGGAAUGUAUUUAUUACAUAUCACAUGUUAGCUACUCUUGAUAAUUCCCCCUCUUCCUCCUCCUCUCCACCCACACUUACACACACAUUGCUGCUGCUUUUACUUAACAAGGUCUCUCGCACACUCGUGUUUAAUUUUAACGCUGCAAAAAUUGUUUACUCCAGUUAUGUACACUCUUGAGAAGGAACAUGCAACAGAAUGGAAUCAGUGUAGUCUUAAGGUAAAAUGGACUCACUUUUGUGUCUAUUAAAAUUUGGAAAAUGUGCAA